UUUAACAAUCCAGGCAGCCGCUGUGUUCUCUCUCCCUCCUCUCCUCCUGUUGUACUGGAGCAGGUUUAUGGUAAUGAGUUGCCCACAAGGCGCAGGGAAUAGUAGAAGCCAUUUUGAGCUGAUCAUUCACACGCAGCACAGCGGAGGAUACACAGCGUCUGUGGGAAUAUACCGUCGGCUAAGGCGAAGCGCCUUUGGAGUCUUUUCAUUUCCAAAGCGGAUUACAGCCAAACAUGGAUAUCACGCAGCAGUUUCGGAGACCGACCCGGAGGAAAGUUUGAGGGAAGGAUUGCGGGCAAAAAAAUCAAAACGAAAAGAAGGAGAGAGAACGAGAGAUGGGUAAACCUGUUACCGGGGCAAUGCUGUUCCUGAAGUGGGAUGUGUUGCUGUUUUGUACCUGUUUCGUCGCGCUCGCGGUUUUUUCGGAUGGGUACAGUGUUCACCUGAGUGAAGGGGCGAGUGUUGGGACAGUGGUGGCGAGGUUGGGCAGGACUUGCACGCUGGACCAGGUAAUAACCCCCAGAUUCACAAACAGCUUCUUGGAGACGAGCCCGACAGAGGGAACCGUGCUCCUCUCGAAAGAGCUGAGCUGUGCCCAGCUGCCCUCGAACCCGCUCACAGUUUACACCGCCGCCGACUGCAGAGAUCACUCGUCCCCCUUCUUCAGCCACCUGGUCAGCAGCCGCUAUGAUGUUCACGUACACGGCAGGAACUGUUUUACGAGGCACCGCAGGAAAGGCACACGGGACAUGGAUAUUAUAAGCCUGCUGACCGAACGGGGUCACCAGCCAGUUUGCUAUGACGCCGGGGCUCCGCUCUUUCGGGCAGCGGAGCUCCUGCCCGAGUCACUGGCAGCCUGUGGGUUUCGCUGCGGCGUGGCGGGCAAUCCCGGUGUCUAUUUCUCAAGCGGUGAGCUGUUCGCCUCUGAGCGUCUCUGUUUGAGGCGAAGCGCCUUUCUGGAACUGGAUCUCCACUGUAGCAGGUGCGUAAGCAGGGGCCACGGUGAGGUAGCAGGGGGAGGGAGAGGAGCCGCGGGGGCGCACAGUGUGUCGGUGCACUGGCGUAUCGCACUGGGCUCCUUCAGGCAGGGCCGCUUGGAGAAGCUGCUGCAGAAGGCUGCGCUCUCGGAGGCAGGGAUCGCUAACCGGAGGAAGAGGAACGUGAACUCCAGCCCUCAGUUCCAGCCCCCCAUGUACCAGGUGUCCGUGCCGGAGAAUAAGCCUGCCGGAACGGCGGUGGUGGUCGUGAAGGCCGUGGAUCCGGACGAGGGAGAAGCGGGCAGGCUGGAAUACUCGCUUGAUGCUCUGUUUGACAGCCGCUCCAACAGCCUGUUCGCCAUCGACCCGCACUCCGGGACAGUGAGCACUGCGGAGGAGCUGGACCGGGAGACCAAGGACACGCAUGUGUUCAGGGUGACGGCGCUGGACCACGGCACACCGCGCAGGUCCUCCAUGGCCACCCUGACCAUCCUGGUGAGCGACACCAACGACCACGACCCCGUCUUUGAGCAGCAGGACUACAAGGAGAGUGUGCGGGAGAACCUGGAGAUCGGCUACGAGGUCCUGACGGUGCGCGCCACUGACGGCGACUCCCCGGCCAACGCCAACAUCUUGUAUCACAUCCUCAACACCAACGGCACCAAUGACGUGUUCGAGAUCGACCCCAGGUCGGGUGUGAUCCGCACCAAGGGGCCGGUGGACCGCGAGACGGUGGAGGCCUUCGUGCUGUUGGUGGAGGCCAACGACCAAGGCCGGGACCCGGGGGCACGCAGCUCGACUGCCACUGUCUGCAUCACGGUGGAGGACGACAACGACAAUGCCCCGCAGUUCAGCGAGAAGCGCUACAUCGUGCAGGUGCCCGAGGACAUGGCGCCCAACACGGAGAUCCUGCAGGUGUCCGCGGCAGACCGCGACCGUGGCAGCAACGCGGUGGUGCACUUCAGCAUCAUGAGCGGCAACACGCGGGGGCAGUUCUACAUUGACGCCCAGACGGGAAAGGUGGACGUGGUGAGCCAACUGGACUACGAGGCCAACAAGGAGUACACGCUGCGCGUCCGGGCGCAGGACGGCGGCCGCCCCCCCCUCUCGAACAUCAGCGGCUUGGUGACGGUGCAGGUGCUGGACGUCAACGACAAUGCGCCCAUUUUCGUCAGCACCCCCUUCCAGGCCACCGUGCUGGAGAACGUGCCCUUGGGCUACUCCGUCAUCCACAUCCAAGCCAUCGAUGCGGAUUCAGGAGAGAACUCCCGGCUGGAGUACCGGCUGGUGGAAACCGCGCCCGACUUCCCCUUCACCAUCAACAACAGCACCGGCUGGAUCGUGGUGGCGGACGAGCUGGACCGUGAGAGGGUGGACUUCUACAGCUUCGGAGUGGAGGCGCGGGACCACGGCAGCCCCGCCAUGUCCUCAUCGGCCAGCGUCAGCAUGACCAUCCUGGACGUCAACGACAACAACCCCGAGUUCACGCAGAGGUCGUACUACAUGCGCCUGAACGAGGACGCCACCGUGGGCAGCAGCGUGGUGACGGUGUCUGCCGUGGACCGGGACGUCAACAGCGUGGUGACGUACCAGAUCUCCAGCGGGAACACCCGCAACCGCUUUGCCAUCACCAGCCAGAGCGGGGGAGGCCUCAUCACCCUGGCGCUGCCUCUAGAUUACAAACUCGAGAGGCAGUACAUGCUGACCGUCACGGCCUCCGAUGGCACGCGGUUUGACACGGCGCAGGUCUUUGUCAACGUCACAGAUGCCAACACGCACCGGCCGGUGUUCCAGAGCUCCCACUACACCGUCAACAUCAAUGAAGACCGGCCCAUCGGCACCACUGUCGUCGCCAUAAGCGCCACGGAUGAAGACACCGGCGAGAACUCGAGGAUCACUUACUUCAUGGAGGACAGCAUCCCCCAGUUCAGCAUUGACCCAGACUCUGGAGCAGUCACCACCCAGAUGGAACUGGACUACGAAGACCAAGUCUCCUACACGCUGGCCAUCACUGCAAAGGACAAUGGCAUCCCGCAGAAGUCCGACACAACCUACUUGGAGAUCCUUGUGAACGAUGUCAACGACAAUGCACCCCAGUUCCUGCGGGACCAGUACCAGGGCUCCGUGUUCGAGGAUGUGCCUGCCUUCACCAGUGUCGUCCAGAUCUCUGCCACCGACCGCGACUCUGGACUCAAUGGUCGGGUGUUCUACACCUUCCAAGGAGGGGAUGAUGGUGAUGGUGACUUCAUUAUCGAGUCCACCUCAGGGAUCGUGCGCACCCUGCGUCGGCUGGACCGUGAGAAUGUGCCUUUGUAUGACCUGCGUGCCUUUGCCGUGGACAAGGGUGUCCCUGCUCUGAAGUCACCUGUGGACAUCCAGGUGGCCAUACUGGAUGUCAAUGACAACCCCCCUGUCUUUGAGAAGGAUGAGUUUGACAUCUUUGUGGAGGAGAACAGCCCCAUUGGCCUAGUGGUGGCACGGAUCACUGCGACCGACCCUGACGAGGGCAGCAACGCCCAGAUCAUGUACCAGAUUGUGGAGGGCAACAUCCCCGAGGUCUUCCAGCUGGAUAUCUUCUCCGGGGAACUGACUGCCCUGGUGGAUCUCGACUAUGAGACCAAGUCUGAGUACGUCAUUGUGGUCCAGGCCACCUCCGCACCUCUGGUGAGCCGGGCAACUGUGCACAUCAAGCUGAUCGACAAGAAUGACAACCUGCCCGUACUCAAGAACUUCCAGAUCAUCUUCAAUAACUACGUCACCAACAAGUCUAGCAGCUUCCCCACGGGAGUGAUUGGCAGGAUCCCUGCUCACGACCCCGAUGUUUCCGAUGUGCUGCACUAUACCUUUGAGCAGGGGAACGAGCUCAACCUCGUCCUCCUGAACCAGACCACUGGGGAGAUACGGCUGAGCAGCGCGCUGGACAACAAUCGCCCGCUGGAGGCCACCAUGAGGAUCUCUGUGUCCGACGGGGUCCACAGUGUGACGGCCCAGUGCUCCCUGCAGGUCACCAUCAUCACGGACGAGAUGCUGUCCAACAGCAUCACGCUGCGCCUGGCCAACAUGUCGCAGGAGCGCUUCCUGUCGCCGCUGCUGGGGCUCUUCCUGGAGGGCGUGGCCACGGUGCUGUCGGCCGCCAAGGAGGACAUCGUCAUCUUCAACAUCCAGAACGACACGGACGUCAGCGCCAGCAUCCUGAACGUCAGCCUGUCGGUGCUGGAGCCCGGGCGCGGCCAGUACGUCAGCUCGGAGGAGCUGCAGGAGCGGCUGUACCUCAACCGCAGCCUGCUGGCCCAGAUCUCCUCCCAGCGCGUGCUGCCCUUCGACGACAACAUCUGCCUGCGCGAGCCCUGCGAGAACUACAUGAAGUGCGUCUCCGUGCUGAAGUUCGACAGCCUGGCGCCCUUCGUCUCCUCCGACACCAUCCUCUUCCGGCCCAUCCAUCCCAUCAACGGGCUGCGCUGCCGCUGCCCUGCGGGCUUCACCGGCGACUACUGCGAGACGGAGAUCGACCUCUGCUACACCAAGCCCUGCGGCACCCACGGGGUGUGCCGCAGCCGAGAGGGGGGCUACACCUGCGAGUGCUUCGAGGACUUCACCGGGGAGCAGUGCCAGAUGUCGUCCCGCUCGGGCCGCUGCGUCCCGGGGGUGUGCAAGAACGGGGGCACUUGCGUCAACCUCCUGGUGGGGGGCUUCAAGUGUGACUGCCCCCCCGGGGGCUACGAGAAGCCCUUCUGCGAGAUGACGACGCGCGGGUUCCCCCCCCAGUCCUUCGUCACCUUCAAGGGCCUGCGGCAGCGUUUCCACUUCACCCUCUCCCUCACGUUUGCCACCAAGGAGCGGAACGGCCUGCUGCUGUACAACGGGCGCUUCAACGAGAGGCACGAUUUCAUCGCCCUGGAGAUCGUCAACGAGCAGAUCCAGCUCACCUUCUCUGCAGGAGAGACGAAGACGCUGGUGUCGCCCUUCAUCCCGGGCGGCGUGAGCGACGGCCAGUGGCAUGUGGUCCAGCUGCAGUACUACAACAAGCCGGUCCUGGGCAAAUCUGGGAUCCCCCAGGGCCCCUCCGACCAGAAGGUUGCCGUGGUGACAGUGGACGACUGUGACACCUCCGUGGCCCUGAGAUUCGGUCAUGUGAUUGGAAACUACACCUGCUCUGCGCAGGGCAGUCAGUCGGGAUCCAAGAAGUCCCUGGACCUCACGGGCCCCCUGCUCCUCGGGGGGGUGCCCAACCUGCCGGAGGACUUCCCGGUGCAGAACCGCGAGUUCAUUGGCUGCAUGAAGAACCUGCAGAUCGACAGCCGGCACGUGGACAUGGCCGACUUCAUCGCCAACAACGGCACUGUGCCAGGCUGCUCCGCCAAGCGCCACUUCUGCAGCACCAACCCCUGCCUGAACGGGGGCACCUGUGUCAACCGCUGGGGCUCCUUCAGCUGCGACUGCCCGCUGGGCUUCGGGGGCAGGAACUGCGAAGAGGUGAUGGCCAGCCCCCAGCGCUUCCUGGGAGACAGCCUGGUGUUGUGGAAUAACCUGGCCUCCGCCAUCACGUUGCCCUGGUUCGUCGGUGUGAUGUUCCGAACGCGCCAGGCCAGCGCGGUGCUUCUGAGAGCCACCGCCGGGCAGCACGCCACCCUCAGCCUGCAGCUGAGCGAGGGCAGUGUGCUCCUGUCCGUGCAGCAGGGGGGCGAUGUGGUCACUACUCUCCAGAUGGACGAGGUGAAGGUCAACGACGGCGACUGGCACCACCUGCAGCUGGAGCUGAGAGGCGUGCACGUGGGCGAGGAGCUGCAGCACCACGCCAUCCUGUCCUUCGACUACGGCCUGCACAUGGCCAGUGUGAAACUGGACCAGGAGCUGCAGGGACUGAAGCUGAAGACCAUGAGCAUGGGAGGUGUCUCAGGCGGAGAGGGGGCCGUGCUGCGGGGAUUCAGAGGCUGCAUGCAGGGCGUGCGGAUUGGGGAGACGUCGGCGAGUGCAGUGGCCCUGAACCUCAUCCAGGCGGAGCGCGUUAACGUGGAGCGGGGCUGCAGCGUGCCAGACCCCUGUGACUCCAGCCCCUGCCCCGCCAACAGCUACUGCAGCGACGACUGGGACAGCUUCUCCUGUAGCUGCGACCCCGGGUACUACGGCGAGGGCUGUACUGAUGUGUGCUCUCUGAACCCCUGUGAGCACCAAUCAGCUUGCACGAGAAAGCCAAGCUCCUCCCAUGGCUACACCUGCGAGUGUUCGAGCAGCCACUUCGGCCAAUACUGUGAGAGCAGGAUUGACCAGCCCUGUCCCAAAGGCUGGUGGGGGCACCCAAUGUGUGGCCCCUGCGACUGCGAGACGGCCAAGGGCUUCGACCCCGACUGCAACAAGACCAGCGGGCAGUGCCGCUGCAAGGACAAUCACUAUCGACCCCCCGGCAGCGACACCUGCUUCCCCUGCGACUGCUACCCCACCGGCUCCUUCUCGCGGGCCUGUGACCCGGAGUCGGGCCAGUGCCAGUGCAAGGCGGGCGUGAUCGGGCAGCACUGCGACCGAUGCGACAACCCCUUCGCCGAGGUCUCCGCCAGCGGCUGCGAAGUGAUCUACGACAGCUGUCCCCGGGCCAUGGAGGCUGAUAUCUGGUGGCCCAGGACCAAGUUCGGUCUCCCUGCUGCAGUUCCCUGCCCAAAAGGAUCCAUCGGCACAGCGUUCCGGCACUGCGAUGAGCACAAGGGCUGGCUCCCUCCCAACCUCUUCAACUGCACCUCCGUCACCUUCUCGCAGCUCAAGACCUUCUCCGAGGAGCUGGCGCGCAAUGCAUCCCUGCUGGACUCCGGGAGGUCACGGCAGGUGGCAGGCACGCUGCAGAAUGCCAGCCAGCACACACAGGCCUACUUUGGCAGCGACGUCAAGGUGGCCUACCGGCUGACCCAGAAGAUCCUGGAGUACGAGAGCAGCCAGCAGGGCUUCAGCCUGGCCGCUACGCAGGACGUGCACUUCACCGAGAACUUGUUCAAGGUGGGCAGUGCCAUCCUGGCACCAAGCACCAAGCCACACUGGGAGCUGAUCCAGAAGACAGAGGGUGGCACAGCGCUGCUGCUGAGGCACUAUGAGGAAUAUGCCAACACGCUGGCGCAGAACAUGAGGAAGACCUACCUGAGCCCCUUCACCAUCGUCACGCCGAACAUCGUGAUCUCGGUGGACCGCCUGGACAAGAUGAACUUCGCUGGCGCCAAGCUGCCGCGGUACGAGGCACUGCGAGGAGAUCGCCCUUCUGACCUGGAGACGUCCGUCACCCUGCCCGACACCGUUUUCAUGCCCACCGAGAACAAAGGCAAGAGUGGAGACACUUCUGCCCAGUUACAGCAGCCCUGGGCACCUUCACUCACCCCGAUCCCACCAGCCACACCUCCAGUUACACCAGGCCUGGGCACCAUCACCCACCCCGAUCCCACCAACAGUCUGGCACCCCUGCUGCCUGAGCACUACGACCCAGAUAAGAGGAGCCUGAGGGUGCCCAAGAGGCCGGUCAUCAACACGCCUGUGGUCAGCAUCACUGUCCACGACAACGAGGAGCUGCUGCAGCGGCCGCUGGACAAGCCCAUCACGGUGCAGUUCCGCCUGGUCCACACCGAGGAGCGCUCCAAGCCCAUCUGCGUCUUCUGGAACCACUCCAUCCCGGUUGGUGGGACGGGCGGCUGGUCAGCCAAGGGCUGCGAGGUCGUGUUCCGAAACCACACGCACAUCAGCUGCCAGUGCAGUCACAUGACCAGCUUCGCCGUGCUCAUGGACAUCUCCCGCAGGGAGAAUGGGGAGAUCCUGCCUCUGAAAGUGGUGACGAUGAGCACUGUGGGGGUGACGCUGGGCGGGCUCUUCCUCACCGUGCUGGUCCUGCUGCUGCUGCGCUCGCUGCACUCCAACCACACCAGCAUCAUCAACAACGCAGCCAGCGCGCUCUUCCUCUCCGAGCUCAUCUUCAUCCUCGGCAUAAACCAGGCCGACAACCCGUUCCUGUGCACCGUGAUCGCCAUCCUGCUGCACUUCUUCUACAUGUGCUCCUUCGCCUGGCUCUUCCUGGAGGGGCUGCACAUGUACCGCAUGAUGACUGAGGUGCGCGACAUCAACUACGGCCCCAUGCGCUUCUACUACAUGAUCGGCUGGGGCGUGCCCGCCUUCAUCACAGGGCUGGCUGUGGGUCUGGAUCCUGAGGGUUAUGGCAACCCUGAUUUCUGCUGGCUGUCCAUGUAUGACAACCUGAUCUGGAGCUUCGCCGGCCCCAUCGCCUUGGCUGUGUCUAUGAACGUCUUCAUGUGCAUCUUGGCUGCUCGGGCUUCCUGCUCCCCACGUCACCACGGCUUCGAGAAGAAAGGAGGGCCAGUCUCUGGCCUGCGAGUGGCCUGUGGGGUCCUUCUCCUGGUCAGCGUCACCUGGCUCCUAGCACUCUUUUCCGUCAACAGUGACACAGUCAUCUUCCACUACCUGUUUGCCGGUUUCAACUGUGUGCAGGGUCCAUUCAUCUUCCUCUUCCGCAUCGUCUUCAACAAGGAGGUGCGGAAAGCCAUCCGGUACUCCUGUAGCCGCAAGCACGCUGACGACAUCAUCGCCACGAAGUCCAUGGCAUCAGUAAGUGCCCUGGAGGAUUCUGGAUUGAACAACAGCCAGGCUCAUAUUACACUCAACGACCACAACUCUGCACUCUUCCAAGACGGCAAGGAGCAUGCAGACGACCGCGACUCAGACUCUGACAGUGACCUGUCGCUGGAGGAUGAUCAGAGUGGCUCGUAUGCCUCCACGCACUCCUCUGACAGCGAAGAUGAGGAGUCGUACCCCCCCGACCACUGCUGGGAGAGUCUUGCCACACACAACAGCUCCCACAGCACAUUGAAAGUGGACAACCUGAUGAAGCCGUACUGGCCAGGCGAGUUUGUGACGACGGCGAGCGAGAGCGAGGGCCAGGGCGCACCGGAGAAGCUGAAGGUGGAGACGCUGGCCGGCUCGGAGCGAUCCCGGGACAAGAGCAACCUGCUGGAGGAGCGGCCCAGGGAGAACGGCGAUGGCAUCAUGUACAAGGACAAGAGCCUGACCUGCCCGCCUCACCCCGUACCCCAGCCACAGAAAGGCAUCCUGAAGAAGAAGCCGCUGCCUCCCAUCGCAGAGAAGAACAACAUCAACCGCAUCCACAACGAGCUGUCCGGCCCCCGGUCCGGCCCGGGCUCCUCCUCCAGCGAGGGCGGCUGGGCAUCGCGGCCCAAGCCCAGCCUGCAGGAGCAGCUCAACGGCGUCGCGCCCAUCGCCAUGAGUAUCAAGGCCGGCACGGUGGACGAGGACUCGUCUGGCUCCGAAUUCUUAUUCUUUAAUUUUCUCCAUUAAUGCAUUUUGAUGCACAUCCCAAAAACUACUCAGAUAAUUUGAAAAAGCCUCACUCUCCAACCAGCAAUGCAUUAUGCAUCCUCGCGCUUUUGCUUUCUGUCGUAAAGACCAGAUUUCUGAAGCGCACAUCUUCUUUUCUCUCAUCUCGCAGAGUCAGCAUUUGAAUCAUGACCAUGCAUUGUUUUCUGUUGUUUUUUUCCUUGUUUCGUUUGUUUCGCCUCCCCAACCCUCCUGUCCUCCGAGCAGCAGUGACGAGACCUCAAUCUGACCCGGGAUAAAAAGACUGGGAUUGGGGCAGCACAAGAAGAGCUGGAUAGUCAUGUUCAGGUCCCAGCUUCCCUGCUAGGGAGUGUGUCACUGGCAGACUCAGCCUAGAGACAUUCCAAACGGCUUCCCUGUCCCUGCUAUUCCUCCUGACUGCAAUUGCUCCUCUUCUGCUCCAGUUUCACGUAUCAAAUCGGUGCCAAAUCACCCCCAGCUUGGGUUUACACUGGACUGUACAAUUGUGCCCAGAGGAUGCUUUUCUCUAUGUGUCUGUAUAAAUACUUGAAUGGAUGCACUUUUUUGCUGUUUAUUCUAAUUGGCUUGGACAUGCCCAGUGCGCUGUACAUUUUUGGUAUCUUUUUAUUUUUAAAAAGACUUAAAGAAUAAGACUUUUUCAAACCACUUGCCAGGUCUUUUGACUUCAAGAUUAUAAGCCUUCAGGGAUUUUUUGUUUUUGUGCUGUACUACUGUGCAUGUUAAGAGGCUGUUUUUUUUUCUUUUAAAGGAGAGCACAAAUGUGUUUUUAUUUCAUUCUUGCAAGACUGCAAGAUCCAGGUCAGCAGAGCAGCUGGCAGCUUGCUCGGCUGAGUGCCAGUGUGUUUCAUCGUCCAGGACUCUGGCUUUCCUGAGCGCCAGAUCUUAGUUUUCAGCCCAGCACCCAGCCAGCCCUCUGCUCCUAAUGCAUGAAACAGCCUCAAUUCAGCAACUGCGCCUCCUGGAGGAAGGGAGGUAUCUAUGCACAAGCAUAUGACGUCACUGGAACCUUGUCACUGUUCCUGAAAAACAGUGCUCUUCUGCAGAACUGAGUAAGUCUUAAGGAAACAGUCGGGAAGGGAAACAAGGGAAGAAGUUGCUUUGUUUUAUUUUUAAAUAUUAAGGAAUAUUUCCUUAGCCUCAAUUGGCAGAGCAACACGCGAAAGCAAUACAGGUAGAAGCAAAUGGUUUCGGAGUCAUUGUGCUGAAGCAGUGACUCGAGAACUUCGAGCCAGAAGCACGCGCAGGCUGGCCUAGUGCACAGCGCUCCACUCGUCCCUCCCUGCUGUGGGAUUACCUGGCAGAGGGUACUGGCCUCUGCUACUGUAAAUCCCUUGACGCAGCUCCGCCGGACAAGAGCUGUGCUCCCUCAUCCACAUUGAGCACAUGUGGGAAAAGCUGCCUUCAACCACUUAGCCUUCGUUUUGUAUUUUUCACUGGAAGAAUUCUGUAAAAAAGCGUGGCCUCUGCUGCACCGUGUCUAAGAGGUCGUGUGGCCUUUGCUGCGUCGAGCACUAGAGGUCGCCUGUCCUCUGCUGGAUGCCUGAUUACAACACUGAUUUUCUAUAUUUCUGUUGUUUAGAGGUAAUUUUAUAAUUGUUGUUACAGACUUUGGGAAGAAAAGUGAAAUGAAUUAAGACCUAAGUCCAUAUUUUGCUCAAAGGAUGACUUUUUUUAUUUAAACAGGGGAUAUACUCUGCUGGCUAAGAUUUUGUGAAAGGACCUGUUCAUAUUGUAUAGCUUUGCGAGUUCCUUGUGUAAAAAUGUAUGCUGUAUGAAUUUAAAACAUGCUGUAAACACCCCUGCAUUCCACAGCAGUCUGCUCCUUACAGACUGGCCCCCACUGGGAAACACACACGAAAGCCAUAACCGGGUGAAGCCACUGGCAGCUAGCUUGGAAUACAUCAAGUACAUUUCCCCCCAGAAGACCUGUUUUGCAGUUUAUCAGAAAAAGGAGUAAGGUGGUGAUGAACUAUUUUUAAAUAUUUAGAAAGCCAUGCCAAGGUACCAGUCCAGAGCUAAGUGCAGCAAGCGCACUGUGAAUUCAAUUAAAUAUGUCGUUCCUUAGCUUGACAUUUACAUUUGUACAAUGUAAAUACAAUGGGACAUUUUUCUGGCGCAGUGAGAAUGGUGCCAUGCCAACAAAAUCACAUAGUGCAUUACAGCCUAAAGUCUCUCUCCUUUUUUUUUUUAUCUGAAUAUUCUGAUACAUCUAUUUCCAUUUAUACGUCCCAGGCUGGCGGGUCUGUAACAGACAGGGGACACUGCUGUGUUCAGCAGAGAGUGUCUGAUUUAGAUGAAAAGGCCAUUAAAAAUGCUGGACUUCCUGACUGAUUUACUAACUGUGAAGCUGUACAUAAUUGUUUUCUUAUGUACAUAUUGUAGUUUUCUGAUUUAACUGUAGUUUACCUAGGUAACAGCCUGACCCACACCAAUGAGGGCACACUGGUCUCCCAGGUUUUCUUUAAUGCUGUUUUUCAGAUGGGUCCAUAAGAGAGAGAAAGUACAAUUACCAAAGCAGGAAAAGUUAGGUCUGCAAAUGUGUGCACAUAUACACACAUUAUACUUUUUUUAUAAGUACUAAUUUAAAAUUCAACCUGCAGAACUGGUUGCUGAAAAUUACAUUCUCAUGACUUCCCUAAUAAACUGAGUUGUCUGUAGUAACAGUUCACAUUCCUGUUAAAGAAAACUGGAAAAAAGGUUUGUUUUUACUAACCCCGACAAUGAAGCAUCAGUCUGUUCUGCUAAGCACCCAUUUCAAAGCAACUGCAGUACAUAGCAGCAGUGCUGUCCUGUGGACAGGGAGCUCUAUCAUACACCUCCUGUAUGAAACUGUGAACAGCUGUUUCUGGCCCACAGAAAUCAACACCAGGCCAUGGGCCCGGCUUCACAAGGGAUUAGUGAUGGUUUACCAAAGACUAGUCACCCCAGGCCUCAUUUCACCCUGACAUUUUGCUUUGGCAAUUGCAGUACCAUAGAUCAGUGUAUCUGGCUGUAUUUUUGUUACACUUCUCUCUUUUCCAAAAUGCUUCUAAUUUGUACAUUUGGAGACAGUGUUAGACAAAUGUAUCUAUAUAUUUUGAAUUAGAUUGUUACACAAAUGUGUUUAGCCACCAUUCCUUUCUGACAGAGCUGUUACCCUAGUUUGACAGAACAGAAUGUAGGUAUCCAAUGUUUGCUUUUAAGCAGGUCAUCUUUAUUUAUUAUUGGGCACAGGAGUUCUUACCCACAGGUGCUUUUUAGGAAAAUAAACGUCAGGAGUUUGGAGCCCAA